AUGCUCGAAGAGCAUGGUGCGGACACGGAUGAAGCUGCGAACGAGUUGAGGCGCGGAAUGGAGGCGAGAACGGAGGUGGUCGCGAUGGCGAGGGACAUCGGAGCGUGGACGAGUGCGGACUCGGAGAGUGGGGACUCUGCAGCUGCAUUCGUCGACGCGGUGUUGGUUCCUGCUGGGCUCGUCAGCGACGUCGCAAGGAUGAUGGAGAGAGCGAGAGAGGCUAUGAACGUCGACGGCCUGGUUUCGCCAGACACAGUUGAUUUCGACGAGGCUCAUUUGAAGGCCCUUUUGGGUUUGGUGAUGGAGCUGGAGAGUAUUGUAUCAUCAAAGAUUGCGUGUGUGGAGAUGACCAAGGCUUUCUUCAAGUUUGUUCUGGUUCCGCUCAAGUUGGCGGCUCCAGUUGCAAAGAUGUUGUUGGACAAGAAGCCGAAGCUCUUGUUGGCAUUUGCAGCAAAGGCCUUGCUGUUGAAGCCUACUGGGGGCAAAGGAUUGGCAGACGACAACAUGAAGAAGUUGUUGCUCUUGGCGCUCGUGGCGCCGAAGGCUUUGGAUAUGUUGAAGAAGAUCCCAGGAGGUGAUCUGUUGCCUCUCCUUAAGUUUCUUCCUCUCCUUGGUGGCACAAAGCUGGAAACGGUUUUGCCGAUUGCGCUCCUCGCAAUGACUGCAUUGGAUGCUGCUGACGCAGCAGGGUUACUUAAGGCAGUCUUGAGCGAGAAGUUGUUUCCAGGAACGUUCGCCGUGGAGGCAACGUCGGCUGGAGUGAGUGGCAACGAAAUGUCGACGGUGGAUUAUCUGGUGGAGUCCUGGGCAGCUGGUGUCGAAGAACAGAUUGGUGCGGACGCGGAUGAAGCUGCGAACGAGUUGAGGCGCGGAAUGGAGGCGAGAACGGAGGUGGUCGCGAUGGCGAGGGACAUCGGAGCGUGGACGAGUGCGGACUCGGAGAGUGGGGACUCUGCAGCUGCAUUCGUCGACGCGGUGUUGGUUCCUGCUGGGCUCGUCAGCGACGUCGCAAGGAUGAUGGAGAGAGCGAGAGAGGCUAUGAACGUCGACGGCCUGGUUUCGCCAGACACAGUUGAUUUCGACGAGGCUCAUUUGAAGGCCCUUUUGGGUUUGGUGAUGGAGCUGGAGAGUAUUGUAUCAUCAAAGAUUGCGUGUGUGGAGAUGACCAAGGCUUUCUUCAAGUUUGUUCUGGUUCCGCUCAAGUUGGCAGCUCCAGUUUCAAAGAUGUUGUUGGACAAGAAGCCGAAGCUCUUGUUGGCAUUUGCAGCAAAGGCCUUGCUGUUGAAGCCUACUGGGGGCAAAGGAUUGGCAGACGACAACAUGAAGAAGUUGUUGCUCUUGGCGCUCGUGGCGCCGAAGGCUUUGGAUAUGUUGAAGAAGAUCCCAGGAGGUGAUCUGUUGCCUCUCCUUAAGUUUCUUCCUCUCCUUGGUGGCACAAAGCUGGAAACGGUUUUGCCGAUUGCGCUCCUCGCAAUGACUGCAUUGGAUGCUGCUGACGCAGCCGGGUUACUUAAGGCAGUCUUGAGCGAGAAGUUGUUUCCAGGAACGUUCGCCGUGGAGGCAACGUCGGCUGGAGUGAGUGGCAACGAAGUGUCGACGGUGGAUUAUCUGGUGGAGUCCUGGGCAGCUGGUGUCGAAGAACAGAUUGGUGCGGACGCGGAUGAAGCUGCGAACGAGUUGAGGCGCGGAAUGGAGGCGAGAACGGAGGUGGUCGCGAUGGCGAGGGACAUCGGAGCGUGGACGAGUGCGGACUCGGAGAGUGGGGACUCUGCAGCUGCAUUCGUCGACGCGGUGUUGGUUCCUGCUGGGCUCGUCAGCGACGUCGCAAGGAUGAUGGAGAGAGCGAGAGAGGCUAUGAACGUCGACGGCCUGGUUUCGCCAGACACAGUUGAUUUCGACGAGGCUCAUUUGAAGGCCCUUUUGGGUUUGGUGAUGGAGCUGGAGAGUAUUGUAUCAUCAAAGAUUGCGUGUGUGGAGAUGACCAAGGCUUUCUUCAAGUUUGUUCUGGUUCCGCUCAAGUUGGCGGCUCCAGUUGCAAAGAUGUUGUUGGACAAGAAGCCGAAGCUCUUGUUGGCAUUUGCAGCAAAGGCCUUGCUGUUGAAGCCUACUGGCGGCAAAGGAUUGGCAGACGACAACAUGAAGAAGUUGUUGCUCUUGGCGCUCGUGGCGCCGAAGGCUUUGGAUAUGUUGAAGAAGAUCCCAGGAGGUGAUCUGUUGCCUCUCCUUAAGUUUCUUCCUCUCCUUGGUGGCACAAAGCUGGAAACGGUUUUGCCGAUUGCGCUCCUCGCAAUGACUGCAUUGGAUGCUGCUGACGCAGCCGGGUUACUUAAGGCAGUCUUGAGCGAGAAGUUGUUUCCAGGAACGUUCGCCGUGGAGGCAACGUCGGCUGGAGUGAGUGGCAACGAAAUGUCGACGGUGGAUUAUCUGGUGGAGUCCUGGGCAGCUGGUGUCGAAGAACAGAUUGGUGCGGACGCGGAUGAAGCUGCGAACGAGUUGAGGCACGGAAUGGAGGCGAGAACGGAGGUGGUCGCGAUGGCGAGGGACAUCGGAGCGUGGACGAGUGCGGACUCGGAGAGUGGGGACUCUGCAGCUGCAUUCGUCGACGCGGUGUUGGUUCCUGCUGGGCUCGUCAGCGACGUCGCAAGGAUGAUGGAGAGAGCGAGAGAGGCUAUGAACGUCGACGGCCUGGUUUCGCCAGACACAGUUGAUUUCGACGAGGCUCAUUUGAAGGCCCUUUUGGGUUUGGUGAUGGAGCUGGAGAGUAUUGUAUCAUCAAAGAUUGCGUGUGUGGAGAUGACCAAGGCUUUCUUCAAGUUUGUUCUGGUUCCGCUCAAGUUGGCGGCUCCAGUUGCAAAGAUGUUGUUGGACAAGAAGCCGAAGCUCUUGUUGGCAUUUGCAGCAAAGGCCUUGCUGUUGAAGCCUACUGGCGGCAAAGGAUUGGCAGACGACAACAUGAAGAAGUUGUUGCUCUUGGCGCUCGUGGCGCCGAAGGUUUUGGAUAUGUUGAAGAAGAUCCCAGGAGGUGAUCUGUUGCCUCUCCUUAAGUUUCUUCCUCUCCUUGGUGGCACAAAGCUGGAAACGGUUUUGCCGAUUGCGCUCCUGCUGUUGACUGGUUUAGAGUCUAGCGGUAAGGCGCCGGUGCGGGGCCUACGUGGCUAG